AUGGAACCUUUUUUUGUGUCUGUAAUGGAUAACAAUGUUGAACAUCAUUUUAAUGAAGGAGAUACAAUAAGCGAUUGUGAAAAAGAUUCAAAAAUAGAUUUUCAAAACACAUCAGAUCAACUAAGUUGCAAUGCUAAGUAUAUGUUCCCGAACAAAAUCAAAUAUAUUUUUGAUGAUGAUUUAGUGGAAAGAGGUAAUAAUAGCGUAGAAGGUGAUAUAAUAUUAGAUGAUGAAGAUUUAGACUAUGAAAAUAUUAUUAUUUUUGACAUGGAUGAGAAUCAUCAUGUUUUGAAUCUUAAUUUGAUAAGUGAUAAAUAUCAAUUAUUAAAAUAUGAUAUUGUAGGAGAUGCAGAAGAUAAGAAAUCCUUAGAAACAUCAUAUAGAGAAAUAAAUAUUGAAGUGGUGUCAAAGUUCAGGAAUUUAUCAAAUAUAGCUAAAGAUCUUCCCUUAAAUAAGCUUAUUGAUAUCUAUAAUAUUCAAAACACACAAUUACAAUCGUUAUAUGAUUCUAUAUGA